AUGGGCGAUAUACUGAAAGAUAGCCGUUUUGCUAAAUAUCUUAAUGAUCCCCGAUAUAAACAAAUACCUAAGCAUGAGAGAAAAGUUAAAAUUGAUAAAAGAUUUCAGUCGAUGUUUGAAGAUGACAAGUUUAAAGUGAAGUAUACAGUCGAUAAACGCGGGCGGCCCAUUAAUGAAACUUCUACUGAAAAUUUAAGAAAAUAUUACGAUAUUGACGACUCUAGUGAAAGCUCAGACGAAGAAUCUGAAAACGAUAAUCAAGAGACUGAAACUCGAGGACGUUUUGUCAAAAGAGUACCAAGUGUAGAUGAAGACGAAGUUCAGAAACAACCAAAAUUCGCUAAUGAUAAUUUAACUCGUGGUAAAUUAGAUAAAAAAACAAAGCAGCGAUUGCUGGACUUGGAUGUUGAUUAUGCUCGUGGUGAAGGAGUACUUCUAACUGAUAGUUCAAGUGAUGAGGAAAGUAGUGAGGAAGAUCAAGACAGUGACUUAGAGCAUGAAUGGGGUGAACUAGAUGCUGAUGCUGAGACUACUGAUGAAUCUACCAGGAGAAUAGCAAUAUGCAACAUGGAUUGGGACAACAUUAAAGCAACAGAUAUUAUGGUCUUGUUGAGUUCUUUUCUACCACCAGGAGGUGUUAUACAUAAAAUAACUAUAUAUCCUUCAGAGUAUGGAUUAAAAAGAAUUAAAGAAGAGGAGGUACGUGGACCUAUUGAGCUAACUGAAGAAAAAAUUGAUGAGCAAUCAGAUGAUGGUGGAAAUGAAGAAGGCUCAUCAUAUCACAUGGAGAAGCUCCGUCGUUAUCAAUUGAACAGGCUUAAAUAUUACUAUGCUGUUGUUGAGUGUGAUUCCGUGGCGACGGCUGACAAGUUAUACAGCGAAUGUGAUGGCAUGGAGUAUGAGAGUAGUGCCACAAGGCUCGAUAUGCGAUUUAUACCUGAUGACGUCACAUUUGAUCAGGAACCGAGGGAGGAGUGUACGAAGCUACCGGACUUAACAAGGUACAAACCACGUCUGUUCACAACUACCGCCUUACAGCAAGCUAAGGUGCAAUUGACGUGGGACGCAACAAAUCCCAAUCGCACUGAAGCAAUCAAAAGUGCUUUGGAUGGAAAGAUAGAUGACUUAGAUCUUAAAGAUUAUUUGGCUUCUAGUAGUGAAGAUGACGUGAACCCAUCUGAUGAAGAACAUGAUUCCCAAGAAGGCGGCAUGUCCGAAAAUGACGACCCUAUUCAAAAGUAUAAAAUGUUGUUACAAGACAUCGAAAAAAAGGAAGAGAAAAAACAAAAUAAAGACAUGGAAAUGGAAAUAACUUGGGGUCUAGGAAUAAAAGAUAAAGCUGAAGAAUUAGUGCAGAAGAAACUCAGUGAAGAUAACAAAAACAUGACCCCCUUCGAAAAACUUCUACAAAAACGCAAAGAAAAGAAAAAACAACGUAAACUACAAAACAAACAAAAGGAAGAGAAUGUAUCAACACAUUCUGAUGAGGAUGGAUCUGAUGAUAUUCCUUCCGAUGUUGACAUGAAUGAUCCGUACUUUGCUGAAGAAUUUAAUAAGGCUGAAUUUAAGAAGAAAAAAGUUAAGAAAAUAAAUGAAGAUAAUAAAAACGAACAUGAAAUAGAUGAGGACGACGAAAGAAGAAAAGCAGAGUUGGAAUUAUUGUUAGACGACGAAGAUGAUGGAAAACAACACUUUAGCCUAAAGAAAAUACAAGAAUCAGAAAAUAACAGUAAGAAAUCAAAAAGAAAAAGGAAGUUAAAGGACAAGAUUAAAGAACAAAAAGAGUCCAUACCGGACUUUGAAAUAAACCUAAAUGAUCAACGUUUUAAUGCAAUUUAUAACUCCCACCUGUUUAACAUUGAUCCUAGCGAUCCAAACUUUAAGAAAACUAAGAAUAUGGAGAAAUUAAUUCAGGAAAAAUUAAAGCGACGCCCGGUUGAUGCACCUAUCCAACUUAAUACUGAAGCAAAAAAAUCUAGAGAAGAUGCAGAACUAAGUGUUUUAGUGAAAAACAUUAAAAGAAAGACAAAAGGUGUAAUAAAAAAUAAAAAGUAA